AUGGCUUCGAACCCAAGCUCAGCUCGUCCCGGGCCUGAAUCAUCGCCAUUCGAGCGCUUCGUUAUCAUUCACAUCGCCACGACGUGUGACGAGCAUGGCGUCUAUGUCACCAAAGACAGCGCCGAGGUCAUCGAGAUCGGCUGGGUCGUUGUCGACGCGCAGAACCCCGAGCGGGAGUUGCACCGCCAAUCAGUGCUCGUCCGGCCGGUCAAUACCCCCAUUACGCCGCUCUGCACUUCUCUCACCACCUUGACGUGGGAACACGUCAAGAACGCUGGCACAUUCCGCGACGCCAUCAACACCUUUGACGCAUACGCCGCUGAACAUCUCGUUCCAAAAGACGCUGGUCCCAGUGCCAACCCGACGUUUGCAUUCGUAACAUUGACUCCCUGGGACUUGCGAGUGCAAUUGCCACGCGAGGCCCGGGAUAAGAACGUUGUGCUGCCCCCAUAUCUUCAACACCCAGUACUUUUUGGACUUCGCGGAGAAUAUCAGACAUUUCAAUCUCACCACCCAGAAACCCUUGCAUUUAGCUCAACAAGCUUGUCCUCCAUCUGCGCUGGUCUUGAGGUUGAGGAAGUUCGCUCAUCUGGAAAGGUUACAGGUGGCCUGCCCUUUCACCUCCAGGCUCUCGCACCGUCUUCGCCCCGUCGUGCACUGGAAGAAGCUCUCACAUUGACUCGUUGCUUGAACUCCCUCACAACGAAAUCUCGACCAUCUCAGACCAAUCCGCAGGGAACCCCCGACGUUCUGCAGCGUCCCAUUGACGCACGCAGUGACGUUCGUGCCUUCCUUGGCGAAAGGAGUAAGGUGCUUCAUCUCAGCGGCCUGCCCCACGACACUACUCAAAGCGAGCUUGAAAGCUGGUUCACACAGUACGGCGGACGACCAAUUGCCUUCUGGACACUCAGGACUCCCGAAGGAGGAAAGCCAAGCGGCAGCGGAUUUGUCGUUUUCGGCAGCCACGAAGAGGCGGCCGAAUCUCUCAGCAUGAACGGUCGCGCAUUGAACGAUAGGGCGAUUGAGGUUGCCCCGUCAUCCAGCAGAGUGCUCGACCGCGCUGCCCACUCCCAGCCUCCAGGCGGCCCACCCCUCCUCACGCCAUUUCCACCAUCCAAGAAUCGUCCACGACCAGGUGACUGGACUUGCCCGAGCUGUGGAUUUAGUAACUUCCAGCGUCGUACAGCAUGCUUCCGUUGCUCUUUCCCAGCAAUGGGCGCUUCCAACCCUGACCCCUAUAGCCAGCCAUACAACAUGCAGCCAACUCCGUACGGUGGUGCCAACUAUGGCCACCCAGGGAUGAUGCAAGGACACAUGCAUGGCGGAUCUCAAUUCGGAGGUGGAAUGGGCGGUGGCGGUGGCAUGAGUGGAUCUAGUGGUCGUGGAGGAAUUGUGCCAUUCCGUGCCGGUGAUUGGAAGUGCGGCAAUGAGGGAUGCGGCUACCACAAUUUCGCGAAGAAUGUUUCCUGCCUGCGAUGCGGUGCCUCACGCAGCAAUGCAGCUGUGGUUGCUGAGAGUGGUAUGACCAGCUUCCCUGGUUCAAACUACGGCGGACCACCUCCAAACAUGCCCAUGGACUCUAGCUCCUACGGUGGGAUGCAGCAGCCAAGUGGCGGCUACGGCGGAAACGGCAUGGGUGGUCCACCAGGUGGAUUUGGCGGCCAGUCUUUUGGACCACCAUCGUCUUUUGCCCUUCCAUCUGGCAUUGCGGCUCCGAGCCCAUACAUGGCAGGCGGCUACUCCCAGAUGGGUGGCAACAACGGAGGAAUGCAGUCUCAAGGAGGCUUUGACAGCCGCACCGAGCAAGCUUUCAACCAGGGCAACCCAGGUGCUCAAGCCGGAGCAGGUGCUUAUUCUAAUGGCGCCCCAUACGGCAACACCGGUGGAUAUAACGGCAACGAGGGCUCAGCAGAUCCAUUCUCAUUCCUGUCCUCUGGCAUGGGUCAGCUUGGUAUCAACGACGACAAUCGCCGCAAUGGCCAGGGAGGCGCCAAGUCUCCACAGUAA